AUGACUGCAUCAUCUCCCCCAGCGCCCGAACCUACCGCCGCUGCCGGCCCUCCAGCCGAGCUGACCCCGCCCUUUCACCACAUCCCAGGCCUGCCAAAUUUUAGAGACAUUGGAGGUUACGCCACAGCAGCAGCAGCAGCAGCAGCAGCAGACAGCUCAACCGAUCAACAACAGCAGAACGGGCAGAAUGGGCAAAAGCUCUUCAGAAGGAACCUGGUCUUCCGAGCGUCAGAGCCGUCCAAGCUGACCGAUGAGGGCGUAGCAAAGCUGCAGAACCUGGGCAUCACGCACGUGUUCGACCUGCGCUCUGCUGACGAGGUGAAGCCCCGCGAGGGCUGGGUCGGCUCCAAGAUCAGGGAGUGGGAUGGCGCCCAGAGGGUGUUUGCGCCAGUCUUUACUGAUGAGGAUUACAGCCCAGAGGCCAUUGCUAGGAGGUGGGGCCAGUUUAGUGAGGGGGACACGGGCUUCGUCCUCGCCUACGAGCGCAUCCUAGAGGUAGGCGCCCAUGCGGACCACCCCUACGCGCCCUUCCGCAGCAUCCUCGCCCACCUAGCCAGCGAGGAGGAGCCGACGCCAAUCCUGGUCCACUGCAGCGCGGGCAAGGACCGGACGGGCGUCAUUUGCGCGCUGCUGCUCAGCCUGGCGGGCGUAGAGGACGAGGUCGUCGCGCACGAGUACAACCUGACCGAGAUCGGGCUGGGCCACCGCAAGCAGGAGUUUGUUGAGGCCCUCGUCAAGGGCGGGCCCCUCAAGGGUCAGAGGGACAAGGCCGAGAGGAUGGUCAGCGCGCGAAAAGAAGCCAUGCGCGCUACCUUGACCAUGCUGCGUGCAAAGUACGGUUCCGUCGAGCGUUAUGCUACCGAGUGCUGCGGCAUGUCGACUGAGGCGCUCCAGCGGCUGCGGAAGAACAUCCUUGUGGAUGUCGGGAGCAGCGGCGAGCAGCCACUCGACUGGAGGAAGCAUGCAGAGUAUGUGGCGUCUUUACCUGGAAACACCGAGGCCCAAUGA